CAGUAGUAGUUGCAAAAGUCGAUAAAUGGCCGCGUGCGUCACGCCACUGCGCAAUCAAGCACAGAAAUAAAAUAACAGCUGUUCUACAAUAUUCGGUCGGGCAACUCAGGCAGCAGCUGUACCACGCAGCCGUUUUCCUUGGGAUCGCGAUUGUUUGGACGUUGCUUUCUCAUUGUUGUAAUAAUCACCGUGUAGUUUGGACUGUUCAUUCGCUCAUUUUUCAUCGUUUAUUACUGUGCAAGUUAAUACAGUAUUGGCGUUUGAAGUGUGUGAAUCAUAAAUCCGUAAGCUACACUGGCGCUAUGUUUACCAAAAUUCCUCAUUCGUUGUUGUUGUGACUCAAGUUGAAAUGCCUCGUGAAUACGUGGACCGCGAGGAGAGUUCCGCAGUGUUAUGUUAAUAGAAUCUCUUUUAGAUAGUGAUUUUAGUAAAAUUAGUUCUUGACAAUGUCUAACACGGUCCCGACCAGUUCUGCGCUGAGGGCUUUGGCCUUAGAAUAUAAGAGUUUGCAAGAAGAGCCCGUGGAAGGGUUCCGAGUGAAACUUUUAGGGGAGGACAAUCUAUUUGAAUGGGAAGUUGCAAUCUUCGGCCCUCCAGACACGUUAUAUCAAGGUGGAUAUUUCAAGGCACAUAUGAAAUUUCCUCCAGACUAUCCUUACUCACCACCUUCCAUUAGAUUUUUAACUAAAGUAUGGCAUCCAAAUGUGUAUGAGAAUGGUGACCUCUGCAUAUCGAUCCUGCACCCGCCGGUUGACGACCCGCAAUCGGGCGAGCUCCCGUGCGAACGCUGGAACCCGACGCAGUCGGUGCGCACCGUGCUGCUCUCCGUGAUCUCACUACUCAACGAGCCCAACACCUUCAGCCCAGCCAACGUCGACGCCAGCGUCAUGUACCGCCGCUGGCGCGACUCCAAAGGCAAAGAUAAAGAAUAUGAGAAUAUUAUCAGAAAACAGGCCCAGGUGGCUCGCACGGAGGCGGAGAAAGAGGGCAUAGUUGUACCACUUACAUUAGAAGAUUAUUGCAUUAAGACUCAAGUCAAGUCGACGACGCAGGAGCCACAGCUGGACAUGACAGACUUCUACGACGACGACUACGACGACCUCGACACAGACUCUGACGAGGAAGUGGACGGAGGAGAUGGGGACGGCGACGACAGUGGUAACGGCGAGUCGUGAGGCCGGGCCCCGCACCCACGCCGCGCGCCCCGCGCCUUGCCCGACAACCCCCUGCGGCGGACGGACCUCCCCCACACCGGUAACACUCCCUCACACACAGAUACCUGCAUCCUGCUACCCGCCUGCAACAUUCUACCUACAUAAAACUA